AGGAAAUAUCUUUAACCUUGAGUCUGACUGCCGGCCCAAUUGUCCUCUUCUGAAGUUCUCUACUUUCCAAGGUACUAGGGCAAUUUGCUACGCAACUUUGAUUAAUUUUCCUUCAUACCAGCAGUUGGUAAAUACAAAUUCCAGGUGAAGAAAUUAUGGCAGGUCCUCAGUGUUGUGCGAAUCCGCCAAACUUGAACCCCGGCAGUGGAGUCGGCCAUGUUGAGGAGCUCGGUGGACUCAAAACUUACGUCAAUGGCUCUUCCCAAUCCAAGCUUGGUGUUCUUCUUGUUUCUGACAUUUUUGGAUAUGAAGCUCCAAACUUGAGAAAGCUUGCAGACAAGAUUGCAGCAGUUGGAUUCUAUGUUGCGGUUCCUGAUUUCUUUUAUGGAGAUCCAUAUGAACCUAAUCCUGAAAAACCUUUUCAAGCUUGGUUAAAAGAUCAUGGAGCGGAUAAGGGGUUUGAUGACGCAAAGCCGGUAAUUCAAGAUCUGAAGAGUAAAGGUAUAACAGCAAUUGGGGCUGUAGGCUUCUGCUGGGGCGCUAAAGUUGUAGUUCAACUUGCAAAGGUAGAAUUUAUCAAUGCCGCUGUGCUGUGUCAUCCUUCAUUUGUCACUCCUGAUGAUAUCAAGGUGGUUGAGGUUCCCAUUGCUGUACUGGGAGCUGAGAUUGAUCAUUCGUCUCCGCCUGCACUUGUGAAACAGUUUGAAGAGAUCUUAUCUGCUAAACCUGAGGUUGAUGCUUUUGUGAAAAUAUUCCCGAAAGUUUCACACGGAUGGACAGUGCGAUACAAUAUAGAAGAUACAGAAGCUGUGAGGUGUGCGGAUGAAGCUCAUCAGAACCUUCUGGAGUGGUUUGUCAAGUAUGUCAAGUGAGAAGCUUGCCAGAUAAUAGUAAUAGGCAAUGUAUAAUUUCUUGGUCUCCUUUUAUCAAUAGUUGAAGAUUACCCAGACUUUUAUUAUCUGUGAUGUCUGAAUAUCAAAUAAUAACGUGUCUGAUAUGCAUCUUAUAUUCAGUAAAAUAUGUCUCUGUGAGCACUUUAUGUACCCAUCUGUGUAGAAGAUUGUGAAAUCAAUGAGUUUUGUUUCUCAA